AUGGUCCGAUCCGUCACGGAUUGUACCGUGUCCUCCGAGGCUCCGACGUCGGAGUAUGAAAUCACUCGUUUUCAGCAUGACCUGUCCAAAAAAAGAAUCAGCGAGAUAGAAAGCCCCCUGGAGCAAACCGUAGAGGGCAAGGGAGGCGUUCCGAACAAGUCAGCAGAAACCAAUAAACCUGUUUGCAGAAAUCUUGACGACAUUCAACCCAUGCAGACCUCAUAUCCUACCCAUCCCCUCUCAGCUAGCACCAAGCCUAAAGCAAAGAUUGAUCAUCCUCGUACAGUUGUAAUCCAGUCCAGAACCAAGAGCGGUCUCAUCCGCAAGGAUAAGCCCGUCCAUGUCACCAACCAACUGCUGCAAGACCUCUUCCACAUGAAGCAAGAAGACGCUGCCUCCUUCCUGGGCGUGGCCUUGACCAGCUUGAAGAUCGCUUGCAGGAAGCUCGGUAUCAUCCGCUGGCCCUACAAGCGAGGAUGCCGCCAGUCCUCCCCCAGCCCAGCUGGCUCCCCCGUCGACUACAUCAGCUCCCCCUCAGACAUCGUCGGCUCGCAUGGCAGCUCGCCUGUAGGAGACGAGCUCGACGGCAUCGAGCUCGACCAUGUCGACACCAGCACGAGGCCAAGCAGCUGGAUGGAGGCGUCGGAGGACACAGGAGCAUCGACGGCUAUGCACGUGGAGGAGGACAACGCGGGGUCGGCGGCUGGAAGCCUCAGCUCUGGCAGUGUCGAGCCGGGACCAUCACAGGGUCAGGAAGGAGGAGGAGAGAGGCGACGGGAGACGGGAGACGGAUGGUGCAGCAUGUCAGACUGGCAGCCGGGAGAGGGGGCGUUUGUGGACAUGACGGAGUCAGGGGAGGGGAUGGGCUUGGGGUGGCUGGAGGAGUACAUGCCAGGGGGAGGGAACGAGUACUUUAUGGGGGGAGUUUAUGACUACGUUAUAUAG